AUGGAGCUGAUCCCUGGGACAGCAGUACUAUUUAUUGUCUUUCUGUUCACACUCUGGGCCUUCCGGUUUCACCAAAGAAGAACCAGAUUCCCUCCUGGCCCUAGACCCUGGCUCUUUUUAGGAAAUCUAUUGCAAAAAGAUGUUCUGCCUCUGUUUAACACCUACACAAAGCUCAGUAAAAGGUAUGGUCCAGUUUUUACUAUCUGGCUAGGAACAAAGCCAAUGGUUGUGAUUUGUGGAAUUGAGGCAGUGAAAGAUGCUUUGAUAACUCAUAAUGAAGAAUUUGGUGGACGACCUCCAGUACCUAUCCUUGAUCAAGUAACCAAGGGCUUUGGGCUUAUUAGCGAACACGAGAAAUGGAAGAUAGUGCGUCGCUUUACUAUUUCCACUCUACGAAACUUUGGAAUGGGAAAGAAAUCAAUGGCUGAGCGGAUAUCGGAAGAGACUCAUUGUUUGGUAGAGAAGAUAGCAAGCUUUAAAGGUCAGCCCUUUGAUAUAAUUCCAACUGUCAGAGCUACUGUUUCUAACGUUAUGUGCUCUGUUAUCUUUGGGAAUCGAUUUUCUUAUGAAGAUAAAAAGUUCACUGAACUUUUGGAAAUCUUGGAGGCAUUUGUAACUUUCUUUGUGAGCCUUCCUGGAUUGGUAUACAGCACUUUGCCAAAUAUCAUGAACUUCCUUCCUGGGCCUCAUAAGAAAAUCUUCUCUGACUGUAAAAAGGUCUGUGACUUCGUUAGGAAUGAAGUGGACACUCACAAGGAGACCCUGGAUCCAGAGAAUCCUAGAGACUUUAUUGAUUGCUUCCUCCUUAAAUUAGAAAAGGAACAAAAUUCUUCCAUAAUCUGUAUGGAAGACUUGGUCAUGUCUGUGUUUCAGCUCUUCAUUGGUGGGACAGAUACCACAAGCAGUGUCAUCUCAUAUGCCCUUGUUCUUCUGGCCAGAUUCUCAGAUGUCCAAGUAAAAAUCCAGCAGGAAAUUGAUGAGAUUGUGGGAGCCAACCGUGCCCCCUCCAUGGAGGAUAGGAUGAAGAUGCCCUACACCAAUGCAUUUGCUCAUGAGAUCUUACGUAUUCUACGCAUAACUAAUGAGAACUUCCCACGUAUGACAACUCAGGAUGUGAAUUUCAGGGGACACUUCAUCCCUCAGGGCACAGCUAUUCUUCCAUUGUUGGUUUCGAUGCAUUUUGAUCCUCUCCACUGGGAGGAUCCUGAAAAUUUUCACCCAUUUCAUUUCUUGGACAAGAAGGGUGAAUUCCAAAAGAAGGAUGCCUACAUGCCUUUCUCUGCAGGGAAGAGAGCUUGUCCAGGAGAGGCAUUGGCUGAUAUGGAAUUGUUCCUGAUCUUUUCCAUUCUGCUUCAGCAUUUUACUUUUGAAUUGAUAAUAGACCCUGAAGAGAUAGACUUAGAGGUCUUGUACAUGGGUUGUAGGAAGAAAGGAAAGUAUCACUACUUACGGGCUAUCAAACGUAAAAUUUAA